UGUGAGGAAUCAGAUUUACCCCUGAGCCUUGGUUUCCACCCUCUGCCUCAGGACCAGAGCUCCCGUUGACUUUCUUGUAAGCAGCGUCCAUCUUCUCUCCCUAGGUGAACGGACCCGUGUGUAUGUCUGUGUGUGUGUGUGAUGAUGAUGAUGCUCAGAGAGUGUGUGAAGGGAGAAGAAGUUUCUCUGCUGCAGCUCUGUGCGGUUUUAACGCUCAGCAGCCAUGUGACACCACACCCCCCCCUCCUCCGUGUGGCGCUGUCACGGGAUGUUUUGCAACUGGAUCACAAUCUGGCACAUCUGGUUCUGGUUGUGCGCCGCUGGAUCGAUGCCCCGGCUGUGAUGUAGGCACUUUUUCUGUGUUUAACUUUUGUUUUGUUUUGUUGUGUUUCAGUUGUCGUCACUUUCAUCACCUUCAUCCUGAUGCUGCUGAGAAGCCCGCUGGUGUUUGUGCAGCCUGCAGAUCCGAGUCAGACCUCAGCAGAGGACGGCAUCCUCCCUCCCUCCCACCGGCCCCCUCCUCCUCUGGUCCACCUCCCUGUCCCCAGCGAGGGCCCCUCCCAUCAGAGCCACAACCUCUCCUAAUCCCCCCCCCCCAGCCCUCGUUGCCCCGGCGACGGCUCAGACGAGCAGGUGAUGCAUUGACAGGGAGCAGAUGGUUCCCUGCGGAGGGACACGUUUAUGUGUCUUUUGUCAGGAAGUCCAUCCUGUGGGAAAGAGGAAUCUGUCACUACACUGCCCGUGCUCGUCCGACAUAUCGUCCGUUGCAGUGUCCACGGUUCCUGUCUCACAUGAAAGCUCAUCCUGAAGACCUCAGACCUGCUGCUUUCCAGAGCUCCAGACCACAGCCUCCAUCUCAGGGGACGAGGCUGCACACACACGUCCUUGCUGCCCCAAACACCCGAGUGCCGGAGGGAUGCCUCCAUCUGAGUCCAGACAGAAGAAGAGAUGUUGUGCAGAGCGAAGGCCUGAGCGCAGGAUGGAGUUCUGCUGCUGUAGUUGUCCCCUGUCCUCCGCUCCCUGUCACUCCACCGCCAGCCGCCAUUAAUCCAACCCCUCCCCACCAAAAUACACUUCACCCUGCGUCUGGAAGAAAAAAGCCAGCGUCUCCCCCCCGCUCUCCCCCUGCUCCAAAGGAGGAUGAGCAACCUCAGGAGAGGGAGGAAGCUGUGGCGUCCGUCAGCGAGCCGGACUCCGAGCUGCAGCUCCGGCCUGUUGGGUCCCAGCUCUCUCAGGGGUCGCUCUCAGAUCUAAGUCGUCCACCUUCCAGUUCAUUCAGCCGCAGCACAAACCUCACCAGUGGCAGGAGCAGUGUCCUGUCUGCAGCAGUUACCAGGGACUCAGACCCAGAGGACGGUUCCUCCGCUCCUCAGCCUUCACCGGUGACGUCACCUCUGCUGCCGUCUCUCCCUCCAUCAGGAUCCGACCCUCAUCAACCCUCUCUGAACAUCCCUCCAGUCUGUGAGCCGCUCUUUGGACAAACCACACCUCUCUCAUCUCGCCCGACUUCACGCCUCCACCCCAACUCAGACAAACCUCUGAGCAGUCGCCAAAGCACCAGAAGUCUCCCCGGGGAAGCUUUCGUAGAUCUUCACCCGUCCUCGGACUCCGAUCGAGGCCUAGUCCCGCUGGCGUUCCCCUCGGCCACCUGGUCUUCCUGCCCAAGUCCACAAACAACCUCCCCCCGCUCAGGGUCAGCGGCAGGCCUGAGCCCUUCCCCUCCCCUGAGUCGGCUGGAGUCUCACCGCUGGCCCGUCCUGCCUCCCAUCUCCCCUGUCAGAGGACGCUGUGGCACAGCGGCGUCACAUGACUCCGAGCUCAGCUGCAGCCACUCACACAUGUUCGAUGAACUGGAGGCCAUCGCCCCUUCGUCUAUUUCCUGUCGGUCUCAGGAGCAGGCGUCAGACUCUUCAGGAGGCUCUUCACCUCACAGAGAGCUGUCCCCUGGCCUGGCAGCGCUGACGAUGGGCUGUGACUCGGGGAAUCUGGGCCCCCUGUCCCGGGUCCAGCUGCUGCUCCUGGACCGACCAGAGCCUGAGACCUCGCCUAGCCCCUGCGGUCUGGAGGACGGGUUCCCACCUCUGGAGGACUGGAUGCAGUACGAUGCAGGACUGACACCAGAAGGUGCUCGGAGGCCCCUCACAGCUGGCAGCAUCUCUGAAAGGUGUGACUCCGCAGGGAGAGUCCAGGGAAACAAAUCGGACCUUUCUGACGAAGGCUCCGGUUCCCCGUCGUCAUGGAUCAUCGACCCGAGUCCGUCGGCCAACAUGUUCCGAUCCUCGUGCUCUCCCUGCCCGUCCGACCACAGUUGCAGCUCUGUUGAAGGAGGCCCAACCGAGGAGGAGUCGGAUUAUCCAGGACGUGUUGGGUCCUCCGCCGAGUGGAGGAGCCCCGAGAGACUCGAUCACAGAACCGCAGAGACGGAGGGAAAGAUGGAGGAGAGGAGAACCAAGGUGCUGACCUUGCUUUCCAAACUGCAGGACGCUGCUCCCCAGCAGGGCGGACGCAGCAAAGCUUCCUCCAACUUCGAGGACUUCGACUUCUUGGCAAAGUAUUGUAUCUUCAGUCAGGAGAAACUCGAGGACUACAAAAGAGCUUUUGAUGAAGAGGACGGUGACGGUGACGGCUACAUCUCCUCUGUUCAGGCUCUUCUUGCUCUUAAACACGUCAUCCCUUCAGAAAUGCUGUCGGAUGAAGAAGAGAUCUACGUCUGCAGGAUCCUGGAGAUGGUGGACUUCAGAAUGACAGAUGGGCUCGUGGACCUGAGGCUCUUUUCCGUCAUUGCGAGCCUGGCGCAGAAAAUAGCCACCAUGGAUGAGUUCAUGCGGUCGCUCAUCGGCAGUAUGGACUUUCGCUCUCUUGAAGUGAGGCUCUUCAAAGCAAAGCGGCUGUUCCUCUUCCUCCUGGAGGAGCCGCGAGGAGACGACGGAGCUCAGCAGGGCUUCAUCAGCGCAGAGCAGCUGCUUCUGGAGCUGAAGGCCGGCGGCAUCCAUCUCGAGCAGGAGCCGGCCAUCACACUGCAGCUGCAGCACUUUCCACCUCUGGACCUGCUGGACUUUCUGGCCUACCUGCCGCUCUUCAUGCUCAUUCACAACUCGGUCAUCUCCAACCCUCUGGACGACUCCAGCCACCUCUGACCCCAGUCACUGGGUAUCGUUUUUUUGCGAUACGAGGCUCAGCUUCCACAGCUUUUCCACAUUCGGAGUUCAAAGCAUGAACAUACCAAGGUCUGACAAGGACCAGGACAGUAAUGAGAUCUUCUCUGGGACUAUUACACUACUAGUUCUAUGAGGAAAGACCAUGUUACCUGGACGGCUGCUGUUCCUCCUGGAGAUGAGGAACAUGCCGUAGAGCUGUGAAGUGCUGUCUAUGGUCCUGAAACGUUCUGCAGCUGUGGAUGUUCCUCCACUGCCUCAACUAUUCACUGUGCAGAGACUUUACUGAAGAUCCAUUAUUCUGGCAGAAGGAGAAAGCUGCUGCUGCUCUACAUCAGGGGUGUGGAUCAUGUAAAUAUGCUGCUGCUGCAACAACGGCUUAUUGUUCUGGGGUUUAAAAAAAAGAAAUAAACGAUUCAGCAGAAACGUUUCUGACUCCUCCUUCCAGGCUAAUCACCGCUGAUGAAAGAUAUUCAAUAAGAUAUUCCACUAAUAAAGUUUUUGCCAUUUUUUUCACCAGCUUUGCCAAUUAGACAUGGUCAUGCUCUCCUGUGUUUCAUACACACUGGACAGAACGGCACACAGGGAAACAUAAUGGACUCUGACAGCUAGACAACCAGGACUGGACAGGGACGUCCUCUGAGCAGAAUAUGUCUUCAUGUAGAGUCCAAAUGUACAAGAAACUGUGAUUCUAGAGGCUGAUGUUAAACCUGCAGUGUUCAUCUUCCCUAGUUUUAGUUUUAUUCCUCUCAGCUGUCACGUCAUCCUUAUCUUACGGUGACCUUUAUAAAUGUCAGAGCUGUGUAAUUGAAACGAGAACCUGACGAGGCCGUUCAUGUGUAGAAAGCUUGUUCCUGUCCUUCCUUGAUCGAUUUUCACAGAUUGAAUCAACUGUGGGAGGAUCAAAGUAACAAAUGUCUUGGUUGUGACGUUUGCAAAAGGUGGAAAUAAACAGACAACGAGCCGAUUCUAUCUCUCUGCUGGAACAUGGACCUAGUUUGUGUUUAACUCUAUAAAGUGAGUCACGUUUGUGGGUGUGUACUGUGAUGUUUUCUUAAUUUUCUACCUGUAUUUUCACAUUUUCUCACUUUUAUUGACUUUACUUUGACACCAUUUGUUAACUCUGGAAUCUUCACAUCAUCUCAGAUUAUUUGCGAUACUGCUGACACGUGUUGUUCUGGUCGGAAAUAACUGGAUAAAUAAAAUAUGCUGAUUUGAA